UGGCGAUUGCAAAGGGGACACUAAUCAGGGCGGCCGAUUCUCCAAGCUCAAAUUCAAACGCCGUCCACUAUCUUCCAAAAUUAUAUUGCCGCUUUUGCUCUCAGCACUCGAUUGCCUCAUAUAUUGGCCUAUAUAGCUUCGUGGCAGAUCGGCAGCUCGUGCGGGGUGCUCCUGUUGCUUUUACUCUUACUAUACACACAAUAACUUUACAUAAUACUGCCUCCAGGGCUUUGGUUAAGUAGUAAGAGCGAGCAUGUGUUGUGUGCGUUAGGCGCAUGUCACAGAUUUGAACCUUGUCUCAGACAGAAGCCUAGCAGUGAUGAUGUCAACACCAGCGAGGAAAAGAUUAAUGAGGGAUUUCAAGCGGUUACUGCACGAUCCUCCUGAAGGCAUCAGUGGUGCACCUUAUGACAUCAAUAUAAUGCUAUGGAAUGCCGUCAUAUUCGGCCCUGAAGACACUCCCUGGGAAGGAGAGGAUUAUCCUAACAGGCCACCAAAAGUGUACUUUAUGUCCAGGAUGUUCCAUCCAAAUAUUUAUGCUGAUGGAAGUAUUUCUUUGGACAUCUUGCAAAAUGAGUGGAGACCUAUAUAUGAUGUAGCUGCUAUACUUAUCUCAAUACAGUCGUUGCUCUGUGAUCCAAGCACUAACUCAGCAGCGAAUGCAGAAGCAGCACAGCUGUUUAGCGAGAACAAGUGCGAAUACAACAGGAGGCAGGUCCAUUCAUGGCAAUCGACAUCCCGGGAGAUGCUUGAUCUUUAUAAAAUUGUAAAUGUUGCAAGAACCAGUUCGUAGUUUGUGCUCAGGAGAUGCUGAGUGGUUGAGACAAUGGUAUAGUAACCUGAAGAUCUCCAGGUUAGAAUCGCAGCUAUUAAUAUUUUAAUGUGGCCUAAGUUGGUUCUAUAUAUUUGUAUCUUAUCUACGAGCACAAGAAUUGAUUUUUCUUGUUUGAAAACAAAUGUUCUAAUCAAAGGAU